AUGAAUGUCACACGAAAAUAUCACACAGCAUCCAUAUUAGCAAAUGGGUCCGUAUUAGUUACCGGUGGACAGAGCAACAGUAGUUACCUCAAUAGUACUGAAUUGUACAAUCCAUCAACAGGCACUUGGACAACCACAGGAAGCAUGAGUACCGCACGAGGAUAUCAUAUAGCAUCCUCAUUGGCAAAUGGAUCCAUAUUAGUUGCUGGUGGAUUGAACAGCAGCGGUGGUUAUCUCAGUAGUGCUGAGUUGUAUAAUCCAUCAACAGGUACUUGGACAACUACAGGAAGCAUGAAUAUCGCACGACAAUAUCACACAGCAUCUACAUUAGUAAAUGGAUUAGUAUUAGUUGCUGGUGGAACAAACAGCGGUAGUAGUUCUCUCAAUAGUGCUGAACUGUAUAAUCCAUCAACAGGCACUUGGACAAUGGUAGGAAACAUGAGUGUCGCACGAUAUUGGCACACAGCAUCCAUAUUAGCGAAUGGUUCCGUAUUAGUUGCCGGCGGUGAAUCGAACAGCAGUAGUAGUUAUCUCAACAGUGCUGAAUUGUACAAUCCAUCAACAGGCACUUGGACAACUACAGGAAGCAUGAAUGUUGCACGAUAUUAUCACAUAGCAUCCACAUUAGCAACUGGAUUAGUAUUAGUUGCUAGUGGAUAUGGUAGUAGUGCUUAUCUCAAUAGUGCUGAAUUGUACGAGCCAUCAACAGGCACUUGGACAGCCACAGGAAGCAUGACUGUUGCACGAAUUAGUCCCACAGCAUCUACAUUAGCUAAUGGAUUAGUAUUAGUUAGUGGUGGAUACAACGGUAGUUAUCUGAAUAGUGCUGAAUUGUACAAUCCAUCAACAGGCACUUGGAUAACUACAGCAAACAUGAGUAUCAUACGAAGAUAUCACACAGCAUCCACAUUAGCAAAUGGCUUAGUAUUAGUUACUGGUGGAUACAAUGGUGGUGCUCUCAAUAGUGCUGAGCUUUAUUAA